AGUGUUUGACAAAAUUAUAGUGUUUACGUGUAGUGGGAAAGCAGUAGCAGCCUUGAAAAACAACAACAAACGCGUCUCAUUGUUUCGUAUCGAAGACGUUGAUGUGUUAGAAGUCGAUGAAGAGGUGGUGGGGGGUAAAACGCAGACAUUUGUGCCAUUGGCAUAGAAAAGUUGGAAUAAAAGAGAUAGUAUAAAAAUAUUGCGCGAAAGGGCCGUCGUCGUUGUUGUUGUUGCUUAAAUUGGAAAGUGCAAAAAUUGUGAACGCACAACGGUAAUAUACACGCAUACAUACAUACAUAUAUACACAUGCAUCUGUGUGUAUAUGCACAUACACAUGGACGCGUUUGUUUGAUGUACAAUUUGGAGCAGCAACAACAAUAGCAGCCAACGUUGGCGCCUUGGCUUUGCUGAUUGGGGAAGCAACAACAGCGACCAAACUGUUUUGAAGACAAUCUCACUCACACACACACAGUUGUACACACAGGGACGAGUAGCGCGGAAUUAUGACGACGCGUGAAAAUGUUGUUGCGAGCCGUUUGUCUAAAUUAAUGCUAAACAAUGCCAACACCAACAACACCUCAGCAGCAACCACAGCCACAUCAGCAGCGACGGCGACAGCAGCGGCGGCAUCGUCGGCAUCCAUCACAAUGGUGCAAUCGCCCACAUCACCUGGAGAAAUUUCGGAGCUGAAUCAAUUAAAGCGCGAUGCCGAUCCGCAGUUCUCACGUUUCGCCGACUAUUUUGUCAUUUGCGGUUUAGAUUUGGAUACGGGCCUAGAACCAGAUCGCUUUGCGGGUGACAAUCUGCACUGCUCUCCUUUGGAUCGCGCCUAUAAGAGCAAACCGCUGGCGCAUUAUCCCGAAAAUGUUGCCUGGAACCCAUUCGAUGCACACGGCAUAUGCAUGCUCUCGCUGCCUCAGGGCCUUCGCUUUCGCACACAAAAGCACAACAUUGAACCGAAGUUCCAUUCAUUUGCAACGACGCGGGAGGAUGGGAAACGUUGUUACGGCUUCAGUCUGGUCUUCUACGAGGAGAUACGAAAUCGAAAUAUAUGCGGGGCUAUUCAUACUUUGCAAUCGAUGUUCAUCACAGAGCUAUCCAAUGGACAGCAGACGCACUCGCUGAGUCGCGUGAAGCAGGACGGACCCGUGAGUCGUUCAUUGCCGCGCCACUUCAAAGUGGCCGGCCAAGCGCCGCAGUCCGCACAAAGCUAUUAUGACAUUAAUAAGGAUAAGUUGUAUGUGGCCAAAAGCAUUUCGUUGAUUUGUCAGGCGCCGUACGCCUUUGCGGCCCAAAUGUUUCUCAAAAAUUUGUACAAAUGUCUUCCGCGGCAGCCCGGUGCUGGCAUAAGCCUUGAGUCUUAUGUAUAUAACAUACUCUACGAAGUGAUGCUACCUCAGCCGGGAAAGUCAAUACGCGUCUACCUGCCACCACCCGAACCCCAUUUAUCCGCCAUUGCGUUGAUAUUGCAACGUCCAUCGCUGGCCACAGAGCUGCCCCUUCUAGACUUUCCGCUGCGCCUGCUCUUUAGCUAUUUGGGUGUGGAAUGUGUCAUUCAACUGCUGACCUGUGUGCUGCUCGAGAAUCAGGUGCUGCUCCGUUCGACGGACUACCAAAGACUCAUGAUUGUGGGGGAGUGUAUUACUUCGCUGCUGUUUCCCUUCAUUUGGCCACAUGUGUAUGCGCCCAUUCUGCCGGCGGCAUUGCAUCAUUUUCUGGACGCUCCAGUGCCGUUCGUUAUGGGCCUGCAUGCGGAGUGCGAGGCAGCUCAUAAGAUUGGCAGCGAAGCGACUCUCUGCUUUGUGGACAUUGAUAAGAAACUGAUUCAGCUGCCUGAAGAGCUGCCCAUUUUCCCACACAAAGUAGAAUUCAUGGCCGAGAUAAUAUCGGUGCUGGAUAAAUUCGAAAUCGAGCGCGAUCGCGCCCAUGAGCCGACACUCAAGAAUGGUUAUGCGACACGGACUUCCGGUGACAACCACGACGUCAUGAUCUCAAGCUGUACACUGCCGACUGGUCUACAGGCGGCGAGACGCAGCAAAGAGCGCUUCCAGGAGACAGUCUACACGCUAGGCGGACCAACGCAACCGAUUGUGGGUGGACCACAAAGUCCGCAUAUGGACUAUCAGCCUCUCAUUGCGCAUCCCUCCAAGAUCGAUCAUGUGCCCCGUAUAGCAGACUUUUUGCGACGCAAGGGCGGCAUGCGUGGGGCCAGCGCGGGCUCACCCAUAGGCAGUGCCAAUGCCUCGCUCUCGUCCUCACCCUCGGGCCUCUAUCACGAUGUGGACAGUGUGGAUGCAACAUUGCCACCCUCCCGUUUGAACUCAGCGUCGAGGCGGCACGAUAAGCCUAAACUAUCACCUGUGGAACAAUACUAUCAGGAUCUGCGCAUCAACAACUCAUUGCGGGAGAUAUUUCUGAAUCGCUUCGUGCACAUGUUCCAUGCCUACGAAUACUUCGUCAUCUAUCCCAAUCAGGCCAAGGACGAGUGGCUGUCGAAUCGCGAGACAUUGCAGAACUUCGACAAGUCCUCGUUUCUAUCCGAUCAGCCGGAGCACCAUCGGGCUUUUCUCUCACGCUUCCUCGAAUCUCAAAUGUUUGCCACACUCAUCGACAACAAAAUUUUGGCUAUGUGGGAAUCCGAACCAGAUGCUCAGCUCCACUUUUUCGAUCAGCGUGUAAAGCUCUUGAGGCGUCGACAUGGCGAGAAUAUGAUCUGCGCAACCAGCUACGAGCCCUGCGUGCUCAGCCAGGACUCACAGCAGUGCUUCGAGAAGCGUCUCAACUGCAUCGACAUUGAGGUGACGCCCCCAAGUGAAAUACUCGCCAAUCGUGCCGCCUACUUCCGGAGCUUUCCGCUGCUUGAGAAGGGCGUCCUCAAUCAGGAGUGCGCCUCGAGAGGCAACAGCCUGCGUCGCGUCAAGAAUGGCAACAAAUGGCGUGCCCGGGAGAUAUCGUUGGAUCAAAAACCCGCUACGAACAAUGCGAUCAAUCGGCUCUCAGCAAAUCUGACCACAGCGGAUGUCAGUCCGGCGUUGAUAGCGCAGGCCAAUUGGACGUUUGUGGAACGCCUAUUAAAGGACAUCAAAUCGAAAACGAAACGCAUGCUACUCGAAAAAAUGGGCAACGAGGCCGUCGCAUUGGGCCUUAAAGGCGAUGGCAUUGAGGAGAACACACUAAUAGCCAGUCUGUGUGAUUUGCUGGAGAAGAUCUGGUCACAUGGCCUGCAGAAUAAGCAGGGGAAGUCUGCGCUCUGGGCACAUCUGCAGUCCUAUCUAGAAAUACAGGAGGCUCGCGGCAAUGCCAGUGUGGAGCAGCAAUCCACCAUUCCGGCUGCCAACUGCGGCAGCAGUCCGAGCACAAAAAUGGCUAUGGCGUCCGCCUCGCCGGCCCUGGCCUGGAACGCAAUGCGUAAGCGCAUGGAUUAUCUCUCGACAUUCCAAACCGAUUUCGAAAUGUCGAAUUCGGGUAGCCCGAAUCGCAGUCGUUCGCGAGAUCGUAACAAGUUUGUGGGUUUAGAGCAGCUAUGUCCACUACCCGAGUCUCUGGAGUUCGAUGUCAAAAACGUGCUGGCCAUGGCCGACAUCAAAACGCACAUUGGUUAUACACGCGCCUGGGUUCGUCUCUCGCUGGAAAAGAAAUUGCUCUCUCGACACUUUCGCACUCUGCUUUCCGAUGAUACUCUGCUUCGCUCUCUCUACAAGCGAUCCGCGUUCCUGCGCUGCGAGGAGGAAAAGGAACAAUUUCUCUAUCAUUUGUUAACCCUAAACACUGUCGAUUACUUUUCCUUCACCAACAUCUAUCCCACGACAAAACUGCCGUAUCGUGUGGUUAUCUUCCCGUCCCGGAAAUACGGCGCGUAUCACACCUCCAGCAAUAUUUGGAUCAUUGUAUCGGGCACUAUGAACGAAACACAGCGUGUGCCCGUGCCAAAGGGGUCUCUAGAGUUCAUCUUCCAUUAUAAAAAUCUUGGCUUGCUAACCACCAUGCGCUUAGGCAUAGGACCCGAUAAUUCAGGUGCCGGUCCCUCCCACAAGUGGCUAGUUGAGCACGUGGUGAUGCGCAACGAAGUCACAGGACACACCUACAAAUUUCCUUGUGGUCGCUGGCUAGGUAAGGGCGUGGACGAUGAUUCCACGGAACGUCUGUUGGUGGGACAACGCGUCUCGCUGAGCGUCAAGAACGCUGAACUACUUCCAGCCACACGGACGCCGCCGCGUACGCGCAGUCCCAGUGUCCAGCGUCAGGAUUCGGUGGCACCUUCGGAAAUUCAACACCAGCUGGGGAACUGUGUCAACGUAAUUGUGAAGUGGCACUAUAAGCCAAGUCGGGACCGGGAUGUGGGCACGCUAACCAAUUUGCUUUGCGGCGACGAUGGACUGGUUAAGUGUCUCGAGCAGGUCUUCCUAUGCGGCUUCAGAUCGGCGCGUUUCUUCGGUCGCAAUCUCUAUAUAUGGGACUAUUUUACCAAGAUUAAGGAGCUCUUUGAGCAGAAUUUGCAGCUGGAAUUGGAAGACUCCGCAUCGAGCAUGGACUCCUCGUUUAGCAAUGGCAGCGGCAACAGCUUGCAACGUCGUGAGAUUUCCAGCAUAUGGCGUUUGUAUGUCCAGCUAAUGGAUGAGAUUAAUGGCACGGCCAGCACGCUGGGCAAGGAUGGCAAAUUUCAACUGCUCAUCUGCCUAAGCCUGCGAGAACAUUUACUUACACGCAUGAUUAAGCCGAUGGCUCUUACUAAAGUGACGCAAGAGAUGUACGAGGAGGAGAGUUUCCUGCGAAGGCGCAAUCUUCUAACAUUUCUCAUACAAAUCCUGGAACCACUCGAUGACUGUCACAUUGUCCUCGAGAACUCGAUCACCCAAGGCAUACGCAUUCCGUCGCAGUGCUGAGCCGAUUAGUCCUGUCACUCCCCCACAGACAUUUGCAACCAGUGACCUAAAAUACUCAUAAAUAUAUAUACAUAUAUGAUAUGCUAUAAGUACCAUUCGAAUCGAUUGACUCCAAACGUAACUGAAAUCUCCAAGCUCGAAUUCGUUGUUAUUUUAGAAUUAUACACACACAUAUAUAUAUAUAUAUAUAUAUACGUUUAUUGAACACUUUUCCUACUCACUUGCCAUUAUCGUCCCACGCUUGCCAAGUGUUCAAAGAAAGUGAAUGUGAAGCCAAAGUUGAACAGAAUUCCUUGUCAUUAAUGCAAUCGAAUUUUCAAAUACUGUGCAAUUAACAAAUACUAUAAUACACAAUUCUAAAAAUGUUGUUCAAGAAUCUAUCUAGCUAGUAGUUAAGAUGCAUACAUAUUUCCUCACCACUUUGUCAAUUUAA